AUGGUUACCGGCAACGAGAGCUUCGGCGCCAGUCUCGAGCGUCAGAGUUGGAUACACUACUCAAUAGGGAUGGCCUUUAUCUUCCUCAGAAUGUUGGGCGGUGUCUCCAACUUCGAAGCCGACGACUAUCUCCAGAUUCUCGCAGCGGUUCUCUUCACUGUCCUGGUAGCCCUCCUCAACAUCAUCACCGACGGAGGCGGCUCGAACCUCUACCCUCCAGAACUAGAAGGCACCUUCACCCAAGCCGAGAUCGAAGACCGCAUCCACGGCUCCAAGAUUGUCCUCGUUUCAGAGCAGGCCAUGCUGAACCUCAUCUACGUGCUUAAAGCCUGCGUGCUGAUCCUCUACACCCGCCUUACCCUUAACCUCGCCGCCCAGCGCCUCGUGCGCUGGCUAGCAAUGUACGUCGCUCUCGGAUGGACCGCGACGCAGGUAACAAUGUUCGCCGCCUGCCGUCCCUUCAGCGGCUACUGGGCUAUGCCGCCACCCGACCCGCAAUGCACGACGUAUGAGAACUACGCCAUCCUCCAGGGCUGGUUCAACAUCUCUUCCGACAUGCUGAUGCUCAUGAUUCCCCUUCCGCUCGUCUUUCGUAUGAAGGUGCCCUGGAAGCAAAAGGUCGUUCUCUUAUUUGUCUUCAGUCUCGGCAUCUGCGUCAUCGUCGCGGCGCUGCUGACCAAGAUCUUCAACCUGUCCGACCCGUACAGCCCUACGUACAUGCUGUGGUACAUCCGCGAGGCAAGCGUCGCCGUCUACGUAUCGAACCUGCCGCUUGUCUGGCCGCUGCUAAGGGAGUGGUUCCCCUGGCUGCGAAACCUUAAGACGGCGGGCGUGCUUCCGACGCCGUCUAAUCAGGCAACGGGUCACCGGACGAAGCAGGAUGCGAACAUGUCCUCAGGUGUUACCGUUCACAGCACACACCGGGGGCCUGCGCCUGCGGGGGUGCCGAACUCGAGGAGACAUACCUUUGAGGAGUUUGGGACCUGGCUCAGCGCCAGCGACCUUGAGCUCCAGAAGCCGGCCCGCGUUUUGAGGUCGUCGGCAAGUAGGCGGCACAUUUUG